GGAGGAUUCACACAUAACAGCAGAUCAAUACUUUCCAAUGUGUUUUAAAUGAUGCCAUUUGAAAUGUUCAGUGAACUGUUAAAAAAAAAAAAAAUGUUUCACCUUCGUGUUUUGUUCUGUUUGUGCUGGUGGCAUCUGGUUGGUGUGUUUGGCGUUGAGACAGUGUCAGUGAUGGAGGGAGAAUAUGUCACUCUACACACUAAUGAUACUGAUAUACAUGAAGAUGAUGACAUGAUGUGGAAUUUUGGAGCUAAAAAAGAUCCCUUUGCUCAAAUCAAUAAGAAGGCUGGAAUCUUCUCAAUGUCUGAUAGUCUUGAUGGGAGAUUCAGAGGCAGACUGCUACUGCACAAUAAAACUGGAGAUCUCACCAUCACAAACACCAGAAUCACAGACACUGGACUUUAUAAACUACAGAUCAAUAGAGCUAAAAAGUCAUCAAAAACAUUCAGUGUUACUGUCAAUGCUCGUCUGCCCAUUCCUGUCAUCAUCAGAGACUCUUCUCAAUGUUCUUCAAGAUCUAAAUGUGUGUUGCUGUGUUCAGUGGUGAAUGUGACACAGGUGACUCUCUCCUGGUACAAAGGAAACAGUUUAUUCUCCUCCAUCAGUGUGUCUGAUCUCAACAGCAGUCUCUCUCUACCUCUGGAGGUGGAAUAUCAGGAGAACAACAUCUACAGCUGUGUGAUCAACAAUCCCAUCAGAAACCAGACUAAACAUCUCAACAUUACUGAAGUCUGUCAGCCGUGUUCAGAUCUGGACUCACCUUUGGUUUAUAUAGUGCUGAUUUCUGCUGCUGCCGGAUCUCUGUUGAUUAUGGCUGCAUUUGUGGUAUUCUGCAUCUACAGGAAAUGCACAAAAACAGCCCAGACCCGGGAAGAAGCUUCCAAAAAACAAAAGACACAUAAAACGAAGUCAAAGUGUGCAGAUGUGGUGUACGAAAAUGUUCCCAAGAAACGAUGAUCAAACUCUACCAAGUUGGACUUAUUUUUCCCCUCAAAAGUAUUCAGUCUCUGGCAGGAUAUUAUUCAGAGCUAUAUGUGUAUUAUCAGGAAAUAUAAAAACUCUAUUUGGCCCUUUUUACCUAGCAACACAUUCUUUUGGUUUUCUUCUUGAUUUCUCUCAUAAGCUGUUAUUUUGAUAUCUGACCUGAAUUGUGUUGCUAUGCUUUAGUGUUAAGUUGUGAACUCACAAAUAGCUUGCAGUGUAUUUACAGAAAUGCAAGUAAAAUGGUCAGUGUUUUAGCUUGAAGUAGUUCACCCAAAACAAUAAAAUGAUUAAGGACUGACCGCCUCAGACACCUUUCGGUUUCAUUGUAUGGAAAAAUGGUGCAAAGAAAGGGAAUGGUGACUGAGGCUGUCACUCUGUCUAACAUUUUCUUUAUGUUCCACGGAAAGAAAGUCAGACAGGCUUGGAACGACGUGAGAGUAAAUGAUGACAGAAUUUAUGGAUGAUCUAUCCCUUUAAUUUAAACUAACAAGUAUCUUGUCAACUUUUAUUAUUAAA